UACAUAUUGACAUUUCAAAAACGUUAAGUCACUUCCUUCCUUUUUGUUUCCUCAAUUUUCUCUCUUCUUUUUCUCAUUCUCUUUCCAAAUUCCACCGAUCCAGAUCUCAUAUUUUCGAGAGAGUGAAGAAGAAGAAAAUUGAAUAAUAAUGGCGGCUGUAUCGCCAUUAGCAAAGUACAAACUGGUGUUUUUGGGUGAUCAAUCUGUUGGAAAAACUAGCAUCAUUACUCGCUUCAUGUACGAUAAAUUCGACACAACAUACCAGGCUACCAUUGGUAUUGAUUUUUUGUCGAAGACAAUGUACCUUGAAGAUCGAACAGUUCGUUUGCAGCUCUGGGACACUGCUGGUCAAGAGAGAUUUAGGAGUCUUAUUCCGAGCUACAUUAGAGAUUCUUCUGUCGCCGUAAUUGUGUAUGAUGUUGCCAACCGUCAAUCAUUUCUAAACACUUCAAAGUGGAUUGAGGAAGUACGUACUGAACGGGGAACUGAUGUCAUUAUCGUUCUUGUUGGGAACAAAACUGAUCUUGUUGAGAAAAGGCAAGUAUCCAUCGAAGAAGGAGAAACCAAGGCUCGUGAAUUUAACGUAAUGUUUAUAGAAACCAGUGCUAAAGCUGGAUUCAACAUCAAGCCUCUGUUCCGAAAGAUUGCUGCUGCUUUACCGGGAAUGGAAACCCUUUCGUCCACAAAGAAUGAAGAUAUGGUGGAUGUGAAUUUGAAGCCUACCACAAGUUCAUCUCAUGCAGAGCAGCAAGGUGGAGGUUGCGCGUGCUAGAUUUUGUACGUAACAAGAGAGAGAUAAAAAGUUGAACAUACACAAAAGAUGCAGUUGCAUCCAAUUAUAUCAUUAUAUAUAUAGAUGUUCAAUUAGCUCAUUUUGUUAGAUUAUUAUGAGGUUUGGAACAAUUUUGGGUUUUUGUUCAUGUUGUACAACAAGUUCUUUCAAUUGUGGUGGUGAGGUAGCUGACAAUUCUGUGCUCUUGAAAUCUUUAAAGGUCCAGUUGGUACUGUUAAAAUUUGUGAUUAUAUAUUAUGCGAUUCCUCCUAGUUCAGGAAUCCUUUUCUUUUUUUCC